UAUAGUUAAAUGUGAUACUAUAUGCAAUUUCCCACAUGAGUAGAAGUUUUGUAUACACAUGAGGAUAAAUGACAGCAUAGUAAUCAGUGUAGAAGAGAUUUGAAGAGAGAGAAAGUACUGGAUUCCCCAGGCAUGGAAUGACAUGAUCCAGAAUGAGGACUCCUCUUGGGGCCAAGUCAAAGAAUUAGCAAGAACUGGGUUCCCAAAGGCCCUUGGGGUGGAUGGACUAAUUAGAGAAGUCUGCAGGCAGUCACAUGCCAUAACUUGUGCGCUGACUAUCCACUGAGCAAUUCCAGGAUGCUGCCUGAUCUGUGUCCCUUUCCGAAGGGCUGCUCUGUGGGUCAAGUGAGUGAAUGCCAAAGGAAGACCACACAAGCUUCAGAAAAUCCAUUUCCAGAAGCAGAUUUGUUUACCAGCUGGGAAGGCAUCCACUAAAACAGAAGGAACAAAAGAGGUUUUCUUUACGAACUGGUCCCUGACCCUUGUUUUUAGCAAGGGUUCCCAUUUUCUUUGGCAAGCCUUUUUCCUGCUCUGUGGCCAAGUACAACAGAGCUGGCAGAGAGAAUAUCCUCACUGGUUGUUUAAGGCUGGAGGCUGAGGUCAAGUAUGUCAUUCAUUAUAAGAUGGAAGUUUAGGGACGUACAAAUAAAGCAGCACGUUUACCUAAAAAUUCAACAAUUUCUCCAGUGUUACAUUUGAAAAAACAGUCGCUAACUUAAAAUUCGUCAUUAUGAUACAGAAGCAGCAAUUUGAGUACUAUCAGCUACUUGAUAGCUUCUUGUUUCCUCCACAGUGCAAACUCUCUCAUUCUAAAUGAAACUCACUUUCGGCCAAGUUAGUUUGCAGAAUUACUCUCCUAUGAUGGCACAGAAAUCACAAGGGUCUGACAACCUUCAAGAAGGCAAGGAAAAGAGCAAGAGAGACAUCCUGAAGUGCACCAAGAGCAUGUGGGCUCCACUGGAUGAGCGGCUACCCCCUGACCCUGAGGAGGAAAGCCAGGGUCCCACCAUCCCCAUGCUGGAAGAUUCCAAGCAAGAAAGUAUUCAGCAGUGGCUGGACUCUGGAUUCUUUGUCUCUGCAAAUGAAAACUUUCAACGAGUCAUUGACCGCACUGUUUCUUUGUGUGAACAAGGGAUGGUUCAAAUGACUGUGAAAGACUACAUGAGAUCUUUGCAUCAGUUUUCAGAAACUCCCACCCUAUCCAGAGGGACCAGUUUCAACUCUUGCUAUUCUACUGCAAGUGUACCACAAAGCAUUCCUGAAUGGCUGGAAUUUUGGGAGAAAGAUCCAGUGGAGAUUCUCUUGGAUCUGGGAUUUGGUGCCGAUGAGCCAGACAUCUGCACGCAAAUCCCAGCCAGAUUCCUUGGUUGUGGCUCAGCAGCCAGGGGGAUCAACAUCCGUGUUUUUCUUGAAGCUCAAAAGCAGCGAAUGGACAUUGAGAACCCCAACUUGUACGGCCGUUUCCGACAGCUGGAAAUCCUGGACCAUGUGACCCAUGCCUUCUCAUCUUUGCUGAAUGAUGUCAGCAUCCUGCCAAACGGAGCUGAAGAGAAAGCUGGAGGAGAGAGUGUGCAAAGAACCUCAGUGAGUGCCACCAAAGAGCAUCGAAGAAGGAUGGGUAAACUUAUAAGGAGAGCUUCAAAACAGAACAUCAGGAGGGAUUGUAACCCAGAGGCAUCAGAGUCCUUCAAGAUGAAAGAUGAAGUUUUUAUCCCCUUUACAAAACCAUGGGAGUGUGGAGCAGAGCUAGCAGCAACCUCAAUCAAGCACAAGCAAAAUCAUUUGUCUUUGUCAGUAGAACAUCAGUCUCUCCAAGCCUGUGAUGAUUUGCUACCUUAUCCUCCCCGCGAUCUUCUGGGCAAGCAAUGGCCUUACUCAUCUAUGCCAGCCAAGCAGAUUGCUCCUUCCUGUGUGUCUGAGGGGUCAGUCAAGGGCAAAACUCAGAAGGAGAACUUAUUUCAGACUAACAAGCUCAAGUGCUUUUCUCGUCUUGCGGGUAAAGGACCAGACUCGUUUGAAAUGGAAGAGGUCCAGAGCUUUGAAGAAGAGACUGGUAAUCCUCUUGACAUGACUUCAGGAACUGUAGGUGCCAGGGUGGACAGAGCAAAUAGCUGCCAGUCUGACAGCAGUGGGUUCCUGGAGGAGCCACUGGAACCGCUGCCCCUCCAGAUGCCUUCCUUGCCAAGCAGCCAGAGUCCUGCUAAGAAUGGAGGUAGAAAACCAAGAGAUCAGAGUCACAGCAUAGGAUCAUCCCAGGACUGUCAACUAGAGUCAGAUGGGCCAGAUUCCAAGAGUAGGGCAAGUGCAUCUUUUUCAAGCCAAGACACGAGUGCCUUGGAAGAAAAGGCCUCAGCAUCUGUGGUGGAGGAAGAGUUUCUGCUUGAGGCCAUGGAGGAGCCACCAGAGCUGUAUAUCCCAGACAUGGCCUGUGCCAAGACCACCAUGAGGGGAGAACACCCAAGGAAAGACAGCCAUCUGUGGCAGCUUCUGCCAAUGUCCCACAAUGAAUAUGAGGUUACUGGAUCCACAGCCACUUCCAAAUAUGAUCAUCCUCUGGGGUUUAUGAUAACCCACAUCACAGAAAUGCAGGACAGUUUUCUGAGGCCUGAGGGGGCUGGCGAAGUGCAAAGCCACCACUAUGAGUCUCAGAGAUCACCUGGAAAUGAUCAUACUCAAGACAAGUUCCUUCAUGUUGACUCUGAGGCCCCAAGAGAAGAGGAAAGCAGUGGACUCUGUCCUGACACCAACCACAGCUUACUGGCACCAGAAAGCUCAUCACAGUGUAUCCCCAAGCACAGUGAAAUCAUACCUUAUGCAACUGACCUUGCUCAAAAAUCUGAAAAGCCCAUUCUCCACCUCCAUAAACUGCCUGGAGAUCCUGCCCAGGUGAAGUCAAGGUCUUGUACUUUGGGUCAGAUACUACCUAGGCCAGAAGCUGAGAUGGAAAACCUUCCUCUAAAUACUGGCAGCUCCAGGUCUGUAAUGACCCAGAUGUCCUCCAACCUGGUGUCAACUGCUCAGGGUGCUGUGUCCUUGGGGACUUGUCCCAGAGGAACAUCUUUAGAAUGCACUAUGUGUGAUCCUGUUACCACAACAGAACCAAGACUGGGGACAGAAGCAAGACAGUACAAUGAUGCUUCCAUUCAGACUUUUGUAUGUGAGCCCAGGCCCUGGCAUUUCUGUUCAGUUCCAAGCAACAAGGCCUUGACACAUGGGCCCCAGCCCCUUACCAAAUCCGUCUCUCUAGACUCAGGCUUCCCUAGUAUCUGCCCAUUGGGCACCUGCCAUGCUAUACCCGCCCACUGCUGCAUCUGCUGUCAUCACCACUCCCACUGCCACUGGAAGAGGCAAAGCCCUGGCCUUGAACCUUCAGUCUGCAGGCACUCCCUCUGCUCACUCACUGGUCACCGGGAAGCCCAGUUCAUGACGACUUUGAAAGCCCUUCAGGACACUACAGUGAGGGAGCUAUGUUCCUGCACAGUCCAUGAGAUGGAAGCCAUGAAGACGAUAUGCCAGAGUUUCCGGGAGUAUUUAGAGGAAAUUGAACAGCACCUUAUGGGACAGCAGGCCCUCUUUUCCAGGGACAUGUCAGAGGAGGAAAGGGAGGAGGCCGAGCAACUGCAAACAUUACGUGAGGCCCUGAGGCAGCAGGUGGCAGAGUUGGAAUUUCAGUUAGGAGACCGGGCUCAGCAAAUCAGAGAAGGGAUUUUACUGCAGCUGGAGGUUCUCACAGCAGAGCCACCUGAACACUACUCAAAUCUGCAUCAAUAUAACUGGAUAGAAGAAAGCAAUGGCCAGACUUCAUCUUCUAAAAUUCACCCAGGCAUGGUCCCAAGGCUGACUGUCUUUCCUCCCAGUGAUGGCCAGCAGGCUCCCUGUUCAGGUGGGACCCAGUUGGCUGCCUUCACUCCACCCACCUUGGAGAACAGCACCAGGAUGUCUCCUUCAUCAUCAGCUUGUACAAAGUUAGGUCCAACCCCUUUGUCAAAUUGUCCUGUUGGAGAAAAGGAUACAGAUGUCUUCCUCUAG